GAGCUCGUCGCUGAUUGGCUGGCGGUGCCGGUGACGUCAUGGCGGGUUGUUGUCACGCGUGAGGUGGGUGUCCACUCUCAAAUAUUUCGCUUUUCCACGCACCCUCCAUGACUCUGACCCCCGGGGAAGGCGUAUAGCCCCACGUGACAAUGGUGGGUGUGAGUGUGGUCCAGGUGGCCAAUGCGGUCCGCCACGUUUCCCUACCAAGCCUGGUGUUUGAUGCUGCUGCUAGUGUGGGAUCAGAAGACUCUGUGAAGGGCCUGGAGAGUCCUAUUGGUGCUCACCAUGUCAUUGGAGGCUUUGUUGGGGGAGGGCAGCUGGCGUGGCGUGCUUCUGGGCCAACUGUGGAAAUCUUAGAUCCAGACCGAGGGACACGUAAAGCUGCUUGGACGUUUGGUGUCGUCCUCCACAACAGUGGUGCUCAGGUGACCAGCGUGUGUGGGGUGGGCAAGGGCCUGGUGACACAUGUUGUGGUUGGGGUGGACCUAGGGGUGGACCGCAGACCCAGGGGACUUGUGGCUCUUCUCUCCCUCCGCUCCUCUAGGGUCACUCGGGCCUUCCACUUUGAGCACAAGGUAACCAAACUAUGUAUGGUGUCUGGAGGGGAGGUGUCAGUGGACAGCAGUGUCUUGGCCCCGGAGUUGAGGCACUGGCAUGGCCUGCUGGUGGUGGGCACAGCUCACGGCACCCUGCAUCUCCUGGACUUGGCACUUGAUCUUGGUUGUCACAAGGUGCUCUCAGAUGAGGUAUCCCCUGGAAACCUCCUCCUCAUGACGACGCCAGACCCAGCCGCAGAGCACACACGCGUCACUGCCCUCUUGCAGCAGUGCCACCCCACCAUGUGUCUCAGUGAUAGUAUGAGCUACGGUGGACGGUUCCAGCUGAUUGGACCAGACGACAAUGUGCUCUUUGAGGUGGCGUCACACCAGGUGCUUGUGACAGCCCUCGCUUUCUUCCCCCAGUUGGCCUCCCUUGUUGUGGGCUACAACUUCGGCGCCUUCCAGAUCAUCAACCUCUCCACCCUCACCAUUGACUGUGCCAGUCCCUACGAGGAGAACAUGCCCCCUGUGCUCGCCUUUGCCUGCCAGGAGCCAGAAAAUGACCCCAAGAACUUUGUGUACCUGUGGCUGUGUCGAAGCUGGACCUCUGAAGAAGUCCAGGAGAGCAGCAAGACAGCAAGAGGAGGACAGCAAGCACUCUGCACCAUGUAUGCCAUGAGUUAUGACAGUAAGGUCUGGAUUGAGGGCUAUGGACUCUGGUACCAGGGUCUGGCCUCCAUCUCACCCAGAUAUGAGUUUGAUGUCUUGGGUGGACUCGGCCUGAAAGGGCAGCCACUGGGGCCAAGCCGUGUUUUCUCAGCCCUCGCAGUACAGCUGACCACACCCCCUGCUGCUGCCGCUGCUGCUGCUGUCACUGGUGCUCCACCCCCUGUGGCUGCCCUCACUGCCCCUGAUGAGGACUCUGGUACAGUGCUUGAACAAAGUUUGUGUCUGUUUGGCUGGGUCGGAGGAAUCCUGGAAAAAGGCCGUGUGACCCUCAACCACUACCUGGCUGUGUUUGAUAUCAAUCAGUGGUACCAGGCCCACAUGCCCUCUACUCUGAAGUUGGAGGAGAGCCAGCUGUGUCCCUUCAUGAGCUUCCACCUGUUGGACCGUGUGCCGGGCGUCAACGCUGAUGGGUCACUGAGUGAGGUGGUGCUCGGUGCCGUGCCCAAGCCUGCCUCUUGGGCUCAGCACACCUCACACACCUGCAAUGACAGUGACUGGUUCCCAGCAGCCCUGUCUUAUGACGCCCACGUGCUAACCAGCGACAGUCUUCUGGAGUACCGCUGCCAGAGUGCCCAGCAGGCAGCCCUGGCACUACUCACCUCCAGCGGCCCCGCAUCCAUUGUCAGCCCUGAGGAGGCCCAUGCCGUGUGUGUGUUUGCUGGCCUCAUCCCUGCUGACAGUCACCACAACAAUGUGUCUUCAUCUGUCUCCUCCAUGAUGCUGGAGCGAGAGGCACUGCUCAACGUGGCACUCGACCAGCAGCUUGUGUCCCUCCUGGUGCAAUGUGUCACCGAGUUCUCUGAGGGACGCUUCACCAACCUGGGCUGCUCCCUCCCCUCCCUCCUGGACUGGGCCUGGGUGAAGGUGGCUGAGAUCAAGGCCUCCAGUGACAGCCUGUGCCUGCCAAUGUUUGAUCCUGACUGUGGUGUGGUGAGUUCAGACAACAUUGCCAUGCUGCACCAAAACCUCACCAGCCUCACCACCCUCACCACCAUCGUCACCACCAUCCGGGACCACGCACACUCCAACCUCAUCACCCUCCAAGGUGCAGGGGAGCUGGAGGGGCGGGUGCGUGUGGUGCGGCUGGUGGUGCUGCACCUGGGGGCGGUGCUCUGGUUCUACCACUGUGGCCUGCUGACACCCAGCCCUGUGGAGGACCCAGGUGAUGAGUGCAGCGUAUCCUUCCCAGCUGAGUUGCUGACACGCAUCUAUAAAAACAGACGGAUGGAAAUUCACAACCUGAGCUCAUCCCUGAACGGCAGUGAAAUCCUAAUGAUCGACGGGUUGCUGGAGGAAGCCAAUGAGUGGUCUAGGGGUAGCAUAGCAAAGGCCUGGGAGGAGGAGGAAGCCAGGUCAGGUUGUAGUGGUAAGGGGAUGUACCCGCCCCCCAGCCUCCAUUCGCUACUCAACAUGUUCCUGCUUCCUGACGUCCCCACCACCACCAAGCAUCGCAUCGUGCAGUACCUCUUCCUCGACCUGGCCUCCCUCCUCUCUGAUGGGUACACAAGGAUAGUGGAGGAGUUGGUGAAGUACCCGUCAAGCUUCUCCCUGUCCCCCUCCCUCAUCAAGCUGACUCAGGCUUUCUGGCUUCUUGACCACAAGGACUUCCAGGAGGGACUGAAUGUUCUGCUUGAUCCUCUCGUCAACCCCUGCGACGUCACUCCUUGGCAGCACCGGCGCAUCAUGAAGGCGUUCCUCUACCAGGGAGAGCAUGGCCGGGCACUGACAUAUGCCAAGAUGAGGCAGCCCCCAAAGAUAGACAUUGAUGACAUUCGGCUCCACCUGACGUUGCUGCUGGCGAAUGGUCUGGUGCGAGAGGCCUUCCAUUACCAGCGCUCCCACCGCACCACCGCCAACACCCAGGACCUCCUGCAACACUUCUAUACUGGGUGUGAGCAGCAAGGGCGACUAGAGAGUGUAAUUCACCUGCCACUGUCACCGCUGGAAGAGGCAGCAUUGGUGAAUUACCUGCGUGCCUCAGCCAGCACUUCAGCCCAUGACUACCUGCUUGUGUACUACCUGCAACGGGCCAGAUAUGACGAUGCGGCCCUCCUGCAGGACAGCUUGCGGGGAGGCCUGGGCACAGCGCGGCGAAGGCACGGAGCCCGCUCUGCCCUUGUACAUGGUUACCUCACCCACCUACCAGAUGUAGCCAGAAGAUUAUCAUCUGGGGCAGUCAAGAGAGUUGGCCCAGCACCCACAAUCUACAAGAAACCUCCACCAUUGUCAGCCCAUAUCAGGCAGUCCACAUACAAUAUCAAGUCUCGAGCCACUUCUUUGGAGCGCCAGCUGUCCACCCCACCCCUCAGCACUGAUCCCUUUACCCCUUUCAAGACUGUGGCACAGAGGCGACAGGCUUACAAACUGUCAGAUUUGGACAACUAUGAAGUUUUGGUCACUCCCAGGAAGAAGGAAUCCAGCAGAGACGCCUCCCAUGUGGUGUUCCCAACAUUGGAGUAUUCUCUACACCGCCCUCAGGAGGGUGAAGCAGGAACAGCGUCGGGUGUAUUCAGCCCAGCACCACCUGGCAAGCGGAACCGCCUCACUGAAAGCUCGUUGCUCGGGGACAGCAUCCUCAAGACCAUGGAGUCAGUGUUCAGGCGCAGCAGCAUGCACACCACCACUGACGCCAGGAUGAGCCUGUCCCAGAGCAUCUCGGCUGAUAUGCUGUCCCUGUUGAAGACUCCUGAGGUGAAGAGGAGACGGAGACCAGAGAGCCGGCCGGAAGCUGACGGCAUACUAACUGACACGCCACAGUCCAUCCUCAAGGUUCGGCAGAUGGUCCAGCGCCCCCUCAGCCCCUCGGCGGCCAGCGAUGCUUCUGUACCAGUGUUCCCGCGCCUCUCAGCCAGGAAAGCUAAGAUAUCGGCAGCAGCAACAGCAGCAAUAGCAGAGGAAUCAGCAGCCAUGAAGCGGACUAGUGUGGCAGACACAAGCCUCACACCAAAGCAGCUGCGCUUCCACUUGCCUAAAGUGCAGGCCAAGGAGGAGGUCAAGACCAAGCUGUCAGCGGUCAGUGACCAGCUUAUAGACGAGGAUGAGGAAGAGGUGGAAGAGGAGGAGGAGGAGGAAGAAAUGGAAGAAGAGGAAGGAGAAGUGGAAGAGGUGGAGGUUGAGGAGGAAGAAGAGGAGGAAGAGAAAGAAAUCCAUAGUACACCUGAUGUGGAGAGGACACCAACUUUAAGCUUUGACACUCAGAGGCGUAAUGCAGACCUGGGGAUCCCUACUCCUCGACAGCCCUUGCAUGGCCUUCCUGCUGGCUCAGCAUCCACUUGUCUGAGCCAAAAGUCACAGGAGUCUAAGAAGAUGGUAUUUGCUUCAUUGGAGGAAGAGGAGGAGCAGGAAGAAUCAAGCGAGCUGCCCAGCAAAGAGACGUCGCUCAAUGACAUGUUCUACAGCUUUGAGGAGGAGGAAGAUACCAGCUCUGCCAGGAAAGAAGAGGAGGUAAAGGCUGCUCUUGAGAAAGGUACUAUUGAUAAGACAGAGGAAGAGGAAGAAGAAGAAGAAGAAGAAGAGAGUGAAGCUACAGAUAAAGAGGAGGUAUAUAUUGAAGAUGUCAGUGAAGAGAAAAUCCAUGAGGAAAGUGCAAGUGAAGAAGAAGAAGAGGCAGACAACACCCCUGAAACUGUAAGCCAGAUAGACAUAGAGGAGUCAGAAUAUCAAAGAUCUGGUGAAGAGCAAAUCCAUGAAGAAGUAAGGGAAGAAGACGAAAAAGAGACAGACCACAUCCCUGAAACCAUAAGCCAGACAGACAAAGAGGAGGCAGAAUAUCAAAGAUCUGGUGAAGAGCAAAUCCAUGAAGAAGAAGUAAGGGAAGAAGAAGAAAAAGAGACAGACCACAUCCCUGAAACCAUAAGCCAGACAGACAAAGAGGAGGCAGAAUAUCAAAAUAUCACCUUCACUUACAUCACAGAGAAGAUGGAGCAAGGGGAGGAGGAGGAGGAGGAGGAAAGCUUAAAAACCUCAGUUGCAGACGAUAAGGAGAUAGAGGAUGUAAUGAUAAAACCCCAAGUUCAUCAAGUAAACCAAGAGCUCAUUAGCAGUGUCAGCAGUGAGAUAGUGGUGCCAGAGAAGGACAAAGAGCCACCUACUAACCUAACAGGGAAAGGAGAUGAAUACUCCUCUGGAAAGCGUGAAGGGACCAUGAGGGAAGAUGAAGGGUUCUCAGAGGAGAUAGAACCCCCCACAGAAACUGAAGAGGGGCAGGAGGUAGAAGUGGAGGUGGAGGUGGAGAUAUCAAGCCCUGCAAGGUCGGUAUUACCAAACAUGGAGCGGAAGGAACAUGAAUUGGAGGAAAGUGAGGAGAGGGUGGAGGAGAAGGUUGAGGAGGCUGAGGAGAAGGUUACUGAAGAGGAGAAAGGAGCUGCUGCCUCUCUCUUAAACAUAAUAGAAAGUGCACCUGAAAUGCAAGAUGAAAGCCCCUUUAACCUUGAGGAGUGUGUGUCAGUGAGGGAAAAGGAGGAGGAAGAAAUUGACCACUGCAUCACCACCCAGGAGGAGGAAAUGAUUGCUGAUGCCAUAUCCGAGGAGACGGAGGAACUCUACCUCCACCUGAGCUCUGAUGACGAUUUGAGCCCAGGUUUGUCUGUGGGUAAAGAAGCAAAGGAGUGGGAAGGUGAAAAUGAGCUAAUGGUGCAAGAUGUGAACAUGGGUGAUGGAAAGAUUCCAUUGGUGAGGGUAGUGGACGAUACUUCAAGUAGUGAGAAGUCCAGUGAAAGGAUUGUAGUUUGUGAAAGCAAUACUCAGCAGGCAUCCGAGGAGACCGAGUUAGUUUCAUCUAUGAGGAAAAAAGCAGACACAGUUGAUUCAAAACUCAGAGAUGAGGAUGAGGAAAUGGCUGAAGCUGAAGCUGUAGGCCCUGUCAUGGUAGAAAAUACUGAGUUGCAUAUCUUGGCAAGUACAUCUGUUGAACAUGAAGUGGUCAGAACAGAAAAGAAGCAGCUUGAUGAAACAUGCAUGGUGGAGGGGAGCCAUACAAAAGUUUUGAGUACAGAGCAUAAGGAAAAUGAUGAAAGUAAAGAGAAGAUGGAAACAGAAGGAGCACCCACAUCUAGUACAGAGCAGACAAUAUUUUCCUCAGAUCAGGGCCUGGUCAAAGUUUUGGAUGUACCAACUGGUGGCAUGGGUCUCCUUAUAUCUGAGAGUGAGGUAGAUGGAGUAAGUCCAGUAACAGUUGAAAGGAAAGAAAAAGAUGGACAGGAAGAAAUCAGCCAAUCUACAGAGGAAACUGAAAUCCCUGUGACAAUAGAGAGUAAUGAGGAUGAGGGAGGUGUUGAGAUGGUGGAUGUGAAGACUAAGCAGGCUCCAACCAAUAAGGCAGAGAGUGCAGUAACAUUGACUGAAUCUGACCAGGAGCCUCCUACACCCACACCAGAGAAGUUGGUGGCUGACAGUCUGCCCAGCUCCUCAGCACCUUCCCCUGGGUCUGUGUCACAGGAGAGCCAAGAUACCAUGGCACAUGAUUCUGCCAAACACAGAGAGAAGUCUCCAAGUGCAGGUAUAUCCUCUGAUCACAGUGAAGAGGCUAGCCAGGCACUCAGCCCCAGGAGGAGCACCAGGCACACCCCCACCCGGGAACAAGUCACCACCCCUCCCAGGAGGAGCAGGAGGCAGAGUGAAGCCUCUAACUCUUCAGCCCCACCCACCCCAAAGAGAAGCACCAGGGCCACCACCCCAAGUAGAGAGGAGGUGCAAGAAGCAGCCCCUCCUACUCCCGAGAGAAGCACCAGGGCCACCACCCCAAGUAGGGAGGAGGUGCAAGAAGCAGCCCCUCCUACUCCCGAGAGAAGCACCAGGGGCACCACCCCAAGUAGGGAGGAGGUGCAAGAAGCAGCCCCUCCUACUCCCAAGAGAAGCACCAGGGCUACCACCCCAAGUAGGGAGGAGGUGCAAGAAGCAGCCCCUCCUACUCCCAAGAGAAGCACCAGGGCUACCACCCCAAGUAGGGAAGAGGUGCAAGAAGCAGCCCCUCCUACUCCCAAGAGAAGCACCAGGGCCACCACCCCAAGUAGGGAGGAGGUGCAAGAAGCAGCCCCUCCUACUCCCAAGAGAAGCACCAGGGCCACCACCCCAAGUAGGGAGGAGGUGCAAGAAGCAGCCCCUCCUACUCCCAAGAGAAGCACCAGGGCUACCACCCCAAGUAGGGAGGAGGUGCAAGAAGCAGCCCCUCCCACCCCCAAGAGAAGCACCAGGGCCACCACCCCAAGUAGGGAAGAGGUGCAAGAAGCAGCCCCUCCUACUCCCAAGAGAAGCACCAGGGCCACCACCCCAAGUAGGGAGGAAGAGGUGCAAGAAGCAGCCCCAUCCACCCCCAAGAGAAGCACCAGGGCCACCACCCCAAGUAGGGAGGAGGUGCAAGAAGCACCCUUGGAGAGGGUCACCAGAUCAGGGAGGAAGAUUUUACAAGUGCCAACACCCCUCGUUAGGUCCAAGGGUAGUGCAGGGUCACCCCUCGUUACCCCUGGCAGGAGGACAAGGAGAUCGUCUGGGUCGCAGGACGUGGACAUGAAGACGGUGUCCCAGAAAUUGCAUCUGACUCCAGAGAGUAAGGUAGAGGAAAAGGAUGCCUCACCCUCCCAUCAGCAAGAAGAGCCUAGCAUUGCAAGCACACUCAGCAUACCUCCCACUCCCCCACUGGCCACCCCCACCCGCCGCUCCACCAGGAAAAGUCAGGUUGAGGCCCUGGAGACCAUUUCUGAGGAUAGUGAAGUGGUGAGGCUGAGGAGUGAGGGGAGGGCCAGGACACCAUCGAGGGACACCACCACCACUGAUUCCACCACCACCACCACUACUCCUUCCAAGGCAACACCAAGGCGAUCAAGGAGACUGAGUGCAACAGAGACUCUGGAGACCAUUGCUGAGGAUGCUGUGUUGGCCACCACGGAAGUGAUACUGACGCCAGCCACUCCCAGACGCAGCAGCAGGAAGUCCAUGAGUUCUCAGGCUUCUGCUGUGCCUCUCACAACACCCCAGAAGAGGAGAGCCAGCUUAGAUGGUGCAUCUGAAGAAUCCUCAGAAGUCAAGACCCCUCGGAGGACAAGGCACUCAUCGGGUGACACCAGCAAAAGGACGCCUCAGAGGAGAACCCCCAGCAGAAGGAAGAAGGCCCAGCCAGAUGCCCCAACAGAGGGAGGUGUUCAAGAGGCUGAUGAGGAAAGCUCCAGCUCUGCUAUUCCUGAGGAGGGUGGAAGCAUAGCCAGCAGAACAAGAAGACGAUCCAUCUCAGAGAGUUCCAGAGAGGGAGAGAGAGGCAGAUUGGGCAGCUUGACAUCAGUUCCAGAGUCAUUCUCGGCCUCCCCAGCAAGAUCAACUCCUCUCACCAGCAUUAAAGACUCAGAGAGCAGUGAGGAAGAGGACAGGAAAAUCAAGAAGAAGGAAGGGAAGGAGAAGCAUCAGGGUACAGAGGAGGAGGAGCAGGAGGAGAGUGUGAAGGGCAAACAGGGUGUGAAGAGAAGGAAGAGUCGCCUCACCAUUCACACUUCAAUCCAUCAGCCCCUCCAUCUGUACCAGCCAAAGCCCCGGCGUGAGUCCAUGAGAACCAUAAAGCUCUACAGGGACUCUGAGGAAAAUGACAAAUACGUCUUAGACUCAGACUCAGAGAAGAAGCGCACCAGACGUGCCUCAAGAACGAAGUCCCUCGCUGCCUCUCAGUACUCACCGUCCUCCUCUCCGGUGCUCCUGCUGGGAGGUGGAAGUGAAGAGAAGUCGGCGGUAGAAUUGGCAGCUGGCCUGGACAUGGAGGAUGAUGAUGUGUUUGCACAACCGGAGACAGAGGAAGAACCACAGGAACAGGAAAGCCCAGAGAUGGAUCUGAGUCUCCUGAAGGUUGGGGGAUGGAACAAGAAUAGAAAGAGACCGAAAUCCCUUAUCUCUGUUAUGGAACAAGGGAGGAAGAGAGGAACACAGAGGCAGCGAACUUUAAAGCUCCCCCACUCCCAGCAUACCAUGACAGAUGAAGAGGAGAGAAGCAGCCAGUCUCAGGAUUCAAACAAGAAGACUACUCGACGCACCUCUAAAACUACAAGGAGGUCACAAGCUGUUUCUGAACCUUCUUCCUCCUCCCCAAUGUUGUUACUGGAAAGGGGAGGUAAAGAGGUGAUCAUGGAAGUGGAGAGUGACUCAGAGGGUACAGAAGUACAAGAAGCUGGCCCUCAUGAUAAGGAGAGUGAAGAAAAAGCGACCCCAACAUCUGAGGAGAGCCCACAGAGGAAGCAGAGUCCACAGGGUCGAGGAGGGAAGAAGAGAGGAAGGGGGCGCGGGCGAGGUUCCACUCUACACUCAGGCAAAGAAGAUGAGAGUAACACCACCACCACAACCACCAACACCACCACCACCAUUACUACCGUAACCACCACAACCAGAAGAUCUACCCGAUUAAAGCAGAGGCUUUCCAGAGUCAUCACCACCAAAGCGACAGAGCUAGACUUAGGUUUGAGGGAGGAAGAAGAGCUAAAUAUAGGAGAGGAGAGGGUGAAAUCACAAUUGUUAGACAAGGAGGAGGAUAGAACAGUCAUGGAGGAAGGGACAGAUAGGCACGAGGGAGGGAGCCACAGAGAACCACUAGAGAACGGCUCAAGAAAGGACUCAGAUUGCAAGGGAAGCACAGAGGAAGCUGGUGCUACCACUCCCAUGCCUCAGUUCAAGUUCGCCAAGCCGAAACCAGUCAGCAGCAAGAGACAGAUGCGUGCGCUGGAAGACCUGACCAAUGAAGCCAUCAGUUUCCUCUUCUCCCCUCCUCUCGCAGCAGGAAAAAGUGCCAAGGAACAGGCUAUGACAGAGAAAGGCUCCAGCUCAAGUGAAUCUGAAGUAGAAACUAAAAGCAGAAGAACUUCACAAAAAAAACGCUAAGAAUUGAGAAAAGUGAAGACCCAAGUUGAGGAUGCAGUUCAUUGUGAGGGCCAUACACAUACCUCAUGACAGAGCAGCAGCAGGGAUGCAGGCAGUUUAUUGCUACAAGUGCCUAUUUUCUGACAUUAAAUUUUAUGAUAUUGUCAUAUCUUUGGUUUCCAAUCUUUUCCUUUGUGCACCCCAACUCACAACAUUAUGGCACGUCAGACAUCCUACCACUCUAGAACGUUAUGGUAAUCUUCUUAAGAUUAAUCAUACAUAUAAUACAAGCAAAAUGUACAGCUUGUCCUUUUAGCAACUUUACAGCAUAUUACUGAAUAGAGAUGUUCAUCAGCACCAUCAUGUUAAUAAACAGGCUGAAAGACAGACAAUAAUGAAUAAAUUCAAUGAAGGUUAAGUGUACUUUCAUGGCCAUAGCACUAUGUAUUGAUGGCUAGGUUUCAAAGAUCCUGUGGGCUGCCAGUGUGCCACAGCCCAAAGAUGUGGAACCAGAGUUGAAUGAUUGUCAGUUGUGCUGCAAGCCACAGAAAGGGUCCGAGAACUGCACUAUUAUAUGUAGCUUUGAUCACAGAAUUUUCACUUAGCUAGUCUCAUCAAAGGUAAUUAGCUCUAUUGUUAUUUUCAUCAUGGUCUCAACUGAAGAUUUAUGUACUUUGAGUAUGUAAAAUAUCUCAUUGAGUCAGCUUAGUAGAUUUUGUAAUCGUAAUUUAUUUCUCAUUAAUCUCUCAAGAGCUUAACUAUAAUAAUUAUUUUGCCUCAACUAUUGUCUGUAGUGAUCAUUCAAAGUAAGUGACUACACUACAGUUUGUUAAUUGUAUUAAAACUUUUCUCAGACAUUUUGUGUGCAAGCUUUAGCCCCAACAGACAAUAACAAAGGGUGCCAUCAGUAUUAACUUGUUUGUGCUUUACAGUUUGCAUUCAUUUAUUCCAAGGCAAUUAUGAAGGAUUUAUUUUUGUAAGCUAUGAAGAAAAUAUACAAAGACAAUUUAUAAUACUGAUGAUAUCCUUUUAGGAGCUUCUUUUAAUCAUGCUCUUCAGGGAUAAUGUUGAAACCUGUAAAAUUAAAACUAACAUGCAACUCCUAUAUUUAGUUUUGUGCCUGCAGGGUGAUGUGGCUGAGGGUGUUGUCAGUGUACUAGGCUGACAUGGUGUACAGUAGUGUAUUUUUACCAAGAAGGUUGCUAAGGAUAUAUUUUUUGUAGAUAUGUAUGAUCUUAGUAGCUAUUAAACAUUUACUUGUCUUAGAUCUUGGGCAUAAAUGUAGUCAAGCCCGGUGUGCUCAUGUAGUUUUUUGCCCAGUUAGUCAGUCAGAGCAGUUAUUGGUGCCUCAGCUUACAGGGACAAGCACAAGGCUCUGCGCAACAAAAGGUUCUGGCCAUAGAAGGCAAGUGAUGCCACCUAUUUACAUAAACAAGGCUGUGAUAAGUUAUAUUACCCUUAAGGGCUUGACAGGUUAUAGCAAGGUCAUCUUUAGUUACUUAACGAGCUACACAUUUGAAAAAACUAACAAAAUAACUCAAAAUAACUGCUGACAUGAUAAAAUUUUACCCCAUGUGACGAUUGGGAACUGAUAGCCACUUUUAAUAUCCAUUGGAACCUUUUGUUUUGUGAAACACUCAGGAUUAUUAAUUGAUAUUUGGUCUACAGCAGCCAUAUUACCUCCCUAUUAUUAUUGAUGCAAGGGCAAACCCAUUGCAGUCAACCUGUCCAUGCCUAUUUCCAUGUCACUGGGUAGUUAAGCAGCUCAACAUUAUCUUUGAAUGUUUGCUGAUGUUUAGAUCUUGGUUUCUUUUUCAAAGGAGUUUAACAUUAAUGUUCCUGUUGGUGUGGUAUGGUAGGGUAAUACACUCAAAGUGUAGCCAUCAAGUGGUCUGUGGUUUGUGAAAACUUGAAAAGUGAUCAGGCAAGCAUAAAGGCAUUACUUGUGAUGGGAGACAAACAAAAUGCUGCUAGUAAAGUGUCAUUGUCAAUUUGAUCUAAUAUUGAAAAUAUUCUAAAGUCUCUUGUUGAGUACAUUUUUAUGACCAGAUUAUAUUUUUGUUAUCGUGGGGUAUAACAACCACCUGAUAAUUGUUAGUUAGGUAAUGCUGCUGGUUUCUUUUUCAUUAUGAAAAAUUUUAAGGAUAUAAUCACCUAUCCUCAAUGAUAAAUAAAAUAUGUUCUUGAAA